UGGGCGAUGAUGUGUCUAAUAUAAUUUUAUGAUGACUGCACGAGUCUUUGAGCAUGGAAUCUUCGUAUCGCAAGAUAUUUCAAAAAAAUAUUUAUGACAUUUUGUCUCAUAAAUAUGGCCUUUUGUUAGUAGUGAUUGGCCUGUUUCUUUUGGCGUUGUCUGCAUUACAUUUUGGAGAGACAGCAUUAGAAUGGAGUCGAGAAAAAUAUGCGGCAGUAUUCAACUCUUACAGUGACAACAUUGGUGGCAGGUCUUUCAGGCAAAGACUGUGCCUGCCAGUUCCUAUCGACAUCGUGUACACCUGGGUGAACGGCUCCGACCCCGAUCUGAUCAUUCAGCUUCGACAGGUGAAGGUCGACCUGGAACAGGAACUCAAUGUGUCAAGGAUUAGUACAUCAAGUGGGGAGGAGAAAUGUUCUUUCAGCAACUGUCUUCCAACAACAAAGGUGGUCCUAAAUCCUGCCCUGCCGCCCAGUAUGAACUUGACCCAGUUCACGAGCGCCUUCCCAGCAUUCUCUGAGGUGAAGGCCAUGUAUGUGGUGACAUCACCAGCAGACGCCAAGCUGAACUUCACUGUGCUAGUGUUUGACAAUGAGACGUUAGUUAACAAAGUGGUGAAUAUGGAUAUAGUUGUGCAGGGAAACAAAACAGCUGUCAAGAGAGCUUAUAUUACCAGUGACUGGACGGUUCAGCACACGAUUCUGUUACAUGACGUUAUCAUCAUGUCUGGCUUUCCUCACGAACUGGACGUUGAUAACCUCCGACAGAAGCUGCCUGAGAAGUUUCACACGGCCAUCACAAAAAUUGACCUCCACACAGACAGAGGUAUAGCUGUUCUGUAUGUUCCAAAGAAAGAAGAAUUUGAGGAACUUGUUGAUAUUAAAAACUUCACAAUAGAUGGGAAGGAGCCGACUUUGAAUGCUGCUAAUUUGAUUUGGGAACUCAAAGAUUUUUCACAGAAUGAAGAUGUGUCAUCGAGUAGGUUUGAGGACAAUGAGGAACUGCGCUACUCUCUGCGGUCUAUAGAGAAGUUCGCACCGUGGGUUCGUCACAUCUACAUUGUCACUAAUGGACAGAUUCCCUACUGGUUGGACUUGGAAAACCCAAGAGUAUCCAUAGUCACACAUCAGGAAAUCUUCAGCAACACAAGUCACCUGCCCACAUUCAGCUCUCCGGCCAUUGAGGCUCACCUGCACAAGAUCGCUGGCCUGUCAGACAAGUUUAUCUACCUCAACGAUGACGUCAUGUUUGGCAAGGAGGUGUGGCCCGAUGACUUCUUCUCCUUCUCCACAGGACAGAAGGUGUACCUGACGUGGCCUGUACCAAACUGUAACGAGGGGUGUCCGUCCACAUGGAUCAAAGAUGGCUACUGUGACAAGGCCUGUAAUAACUCGGAGUGUGAGUGGGAUGCUGGAGAUUGUGAUGGUACACAGAGAAAUAUUCAGCUGGGAGCUGGAUACCACAAUCAUUUGUCAGACAGCCGCAUACAAGCACUUGCAUAUUGCAACCCUGGGUGUGCUAACAGUUGGAUUGCAGACAAGUACUGUGACACUGCGUGUAAUGUGCUGGAAUGUGGGUUUGAUGCUGGUGACUGUGGUGUUGAUCAUUAUGACAAGCUGUACGGCCUGGAUUUCUCGUUGAACAAAACUCAUUACAACUUACCACCUGGUGUCAAUAUGGCUUUCUUUAAUCUCACGGAUGUGCUGGGAAAACAUGGCAUGAUCACUCAGGCAUCUUACAAUGACUCCAGGGUUUAUAGACAGGUUGCUGUUUCCAACAAGUUCAAGGUCAUGACCCUUGUACUUCAGUCUGGGCACAAUCUAACCACACUGGUCUUUAACAUCAGUGGACACCAAGGUUCUACAAACCAGACAUUUCAGGUGGCCUUUACUGUGUCUGUGGACACAAACCAGACUAAAAGUGCUGACUUAGCCGUGAGUGGUAAGACUGGUAACGACAGUAAACUGGUUCGUGCUGAUGAAGACUCGGUGGAGGAGCCACUCAUCUUUCAGGAGAUGGAACUUUAUGAACAACAACCUCAUUCCAAGAUGGCUGCCAAAAUGGUGGCCAACGAUUUAAAAAUACCAGUCAACUUUGAUAGGAACUUCACCAAUGUGAGUCUGUCUGCAUCACUACGACAACAAGUUGAUAAUCUGCUGAAAGAGUUGCAAGAAGGUGAAAUUACAGAACUUGGAUUCAAUACAACAUGGAUUCAGCUUUAUCAGAAAUACCUUGAUGAAAAGAAUAACCCUGCUCUCUCGGUAUCUGCGAAACCCUCGGAGAAAGAUUCUAAGUCAGAGAAAUACCCCAAGAAGCAGAUUCAAGAUACUGGUGAACAGAAAAUAGCUGAGACAGAAAAAACAUUGAAACGGUCACAGAAUGAUGAGAACCCAAUGAUAAAUCUCGAUAGGUCUCCUUACAAUGAGAGGAAAGGUCCAAGGAAGCUGCUUAACAUCAACGUGAGUCCGAGACUGGAGGAAGACGGCACAAGAGAGACAGAGAGAGACAUGGGGGACAGUGAGUUCCUGAGACAGGCUGUGUUAGGAACAGAAGUGAGAAAACCUGGAUCAUUGCCAUGGGAACGGAAUAACAGCUUGGAACAACUUCAGAGAGAAAAAGAAAAGCUAUUAAAAACUGAAGAUUAUGUCCUGAGAUCUCGACAGACGAGAAACUUACUAGACACAUUUGGCGACUCCCUUCGUCACGUGAAUCGCAUCUAUAACAAAGCGUUUGGAUUUGGACAGAGGAAGGUCCCGGCUCACAUGCCUCACAUGAUUGACAAACAUAUUAUGAGUGAAAUGCAGGAAAGGUUUGCUGCCGAAUGGGACGAGACUUCGUCUCACAAAGUGCGACACGCCCGAGACAUGCAGUUCGCCUUCUCCUACUUCUACUACUUGCUGGGUGUCUCUGAGGAUGUGUCACCAGAACAGAUCUUCGAUAACGUCGACACAGACCACUCCAGAGUUUUGUCCGACCGGGAGAUCAGAACACUGGCUGCACAGCUGUAUGAUCUUCCACUGUUCUUGGAGACUCUGCAAGGACUUGAGGCAAUCAUCGUUAACUGCUCUCGCGAUUUACCUGAUACACAGCAAAAUGAGUUACCUCCCCCUAAGGAAGAGGUGUAUUAUGACGCAGACAUGCCGCAGGUGACCAGGAAAUUGUUUCUAAACUGUGAGAAUCUGACAAGACUCAUCAAAGAGAAGUUCAAACCGAAGCCAAAGUACAAAUACACCAUCCUUGAUGAUGAAGAAGUGGUGUUUAAGAUGAUCAAGAGCAAUGUGUCUGUCGUAGUGGGGCAGCUGGACGACAUUCGAAAGAACCACAAAAAAUUUAUAUGUCUCAAUGAUAAUAUAGAACAUGGAACAGAAGAUGCUAAAACUGUAAAAGCAAUUCUGCAGGAUUACUAUGAAUCAAUGUUCCCGAUUCCGUCCCAGUUUGAGCUCCCCAAGGAUUACAGAAAUCGCUUUCUUCACACAGACGAUCUCCGAGAUUGGAAGAAGUAUCGAGAUUGGCUGAAAUUUUGGACACAUCUAGCAUUGGUUCUUUUAAUAUUAUUUACUAUUGGUUCUUUUUUUGGUGACAAGAUUGAUGCCGCUCGACGGAGACUGUCCCGCGCCUACCAGCGUCAGAGGAGUUCAUCGUCGGGGAGUAACAACGGCAGGUCGUCACGUCUGCAGGAUGCCAUCAUGGCCGUCUGACGGUUACUGCUCUGGCUUGUGCUGCCAGAUGUCUUCAUGGUCCUGUUAGUACUAAUCCUCGUAGUCAUCGUAAUGCUGCUCGUCCUCGAGAUGAACAAGUUUUAAAAUACUCAACAUUCCACCUUUUUUUAAAAGUUAUUCAGACAUAUCUGUAGAGGAUUGUAUUGACAUUUUGUUGAUGUUAUGUCUUGUAUGGUGAGUAGCAUUUGGUUAUUUUGAAUGUCGGAUAUUAGAAAAAUGUAUAAAUUGAUUUUAUUUUUUUUAAAUUUCAGGGCUCAAAAUAGGAAGUAAAAUAUGGCUUGAUGUUAGUAUUUUUAAAAACUGCAGGCCGAAAGAAAUAUAUCUUGCUAACAAAAAAUAUGGCCUGCUGGAAAUAAUUCAUAGGGUGACGGGGAUGUGGGGGGGGGUUGGUUUGUGUGAAAAAUUAGAACCUCUGAACAUUAUUUUAGAGCCUUAUGGAUUUAAAUUAUAACAGAAUCAUAAGAUAUAUAGUAGAUAAAAUAACUGUACAUACAUUUAUCCCUAAAAAAAAUAACUGCUAUUUUGGGGUAUUUUUGGCAGGUGAAUUUUUAUUUCACCUACUAGAUCUAAAAAAUGGACUGCUUUUCACUUUUUGUAGGCCACUAUUUUGAGCCUUGUAAUUUAGAAGCUGAAAGUGGGUUUAAAAAUAGGAUAUGAAGUACGUAUUGUAAAGCUUUCAUGUUAUAAAAAUUUGGUUUUAAAUAGUCUGUCUAAGAUGACUCUCAAGCUUAUGGUAAUAACAUAAUUAUAAUAUUUUAUAACAGAUCAGCUACUUGGCCUUCAACAGUAUUUGACAUAUUGAAGAAAGAAAAUUCAGUGUUGGUAAUACUGCAUAAUUUUUUAGUAUUAAGUAACUGUAAAUGCUGAACUUGACAUAACAGAAACGUUGACCAUGAAACCUGAAUACAUCAGCCUUAUAAGCAAACCAGUAAGCUACUGUCCUGGACAGACAGUCCAAAAUAGUUGGUAUCUGCCCAAAACAGCGUGCUUGAACCUUAGUUGGAAAUAAGCACAAAAAUCAAGUCAAAAUAAAAUGAAUUCAGUUUUACAAUUUUAAGUUUUAGGUCUGUUUUCCAUUAACAUGAUUUCACACGCAUUUUUGUACACAAGUUUAUUGAUACGGUGCAUAUACACAGUGCCUUCUUCAUAUACGAGAUUCAACAUACAGACAUUCAGCAUGCUGAAAAAUUUGAUCAAGUUUUUCACAAAAUAUUUACUAGCAGCUUAAAAAUACACCUCCGCAACAUCAGAUAUGGAAAAAGUACAUUUCUGUGUGUAGUAACGUGCACAAUAAAUUUCACAUCAAAUCAUUUUAAUUGAAAGCGGGCAUUAUUCACGUUAUUGCUGUAUAACUGAUCAAUUCCGAUAUCUACAUGAAUUGUAUAAUAUUUCGGUCAGAUAACUUAAUUUUUUUUAAUUCAAAAAGAUUUACAAACUAUGAACUAGUUUGCUUGAUAUCGUGUGUGCUUAUGUGGUUGAUGUAUUCUGACAUUUGACAUUAUGUGCCAGAGCAAGGUUUAUUUUAGUAUGAAGAGUGUGUGUAUUUUUUCAAUUAUGUGCAAGCAUUGUCUUUGAUGUGGUAUGUCAUUCUGUGAUUCGAUGGUGUACCACUGAUUUUAUAUACAUAUGUAAUACUAUUACUUUUAUUAUUGUUCCUGUGGUGACAAGUAGUCUUGGGAUUUUUUUUAUAAAGUAUUUUGAUAUUUGUGUUCCUUUUUUCUGCAAUACAAUUUUAAUGUGUGUGGUGUGUAAUUUUGGGCUUCCAUAAAAUCAUUUACUCUUUCUUAUGAACAAAAUCCAGGCAAGCUGUAGAUCACUCUCCUGAAAUGGUGCUAGAUGAGCAGUUCUAUUAAAGGGACAGACCCUAGUUUUUAAACACCAAGGCAUAUUUCUCACUAUUAGAGCCAUUUAUGAUCACUGAAAUCAAACUUUACUUAUAUUUUAUUGUUUAGAUUAUCCAUUCCCGUACAACCAAAGUGUUUCUGGUCAUCCUGGUGUUUCUAAGACCACAAAAUACAUUUUUCAUAUUUUUAAAAAUGCACGUGCGUCUGAUAAGUAACGACAAGUUAUGAAGUCGCGUUUUAGUUUAUUUUAAAGGGUAUUUCAAGGUCACAGACUCUUGCUUCACUCUGUUGUAUCCAAAUUUGUUACAGGUUUGAAAAUUAACCAAACUUUGUGUCCAUUUUUACAGGUUGAAACUAGGGUCUAGGUAAAAAAAAUAUGCCUUAAUGUUUAAAAACUGGGAUCUGUCCGUUUAAGUUUCAAAUAUAUUUAAAAGGCAAUCAGUUGGCCACUCUCCUAAAACUUUUUAGGCGAGUGUGGAGAGAAGCGGAAGUGAUCACUCACCUUUUGUUGGGAAGACUGUUCUUUAAUAUGGGUUCUACUGUUCUUUAAUAUGGGUUCUACUGUUCUGUAAUAGUUUGUUAAUUCUGUGGUGGUAAUACUGUACACUUUGUAGGAAUAUUUGUAAUACUAUAGUCUUUGUCUUAAGGGAAUGUUUAUAAUUACGUAACACUCUCGGGGGGAGGGUAUGUGCCCCCUAAGUUCAGCCCAACCAGGUCAGUGAUGAGCUUAUUAGGAGUUCGAAGCAUUUCAACAUUCUUCUUAUUUUUAUUUAUUUAUUUUUUCACUUCUGAUACAUUUUGUGUGUGUUUUUAAUUGAUACCUCUUUCAGACAAUGAUGUUUGGAGGAAAUUUGAAGUUACACAUGUAAUAACUGUUCUUGUUGAUGGAACUAUUUUUUCACAAUAAUGUCAAUGAUUUCUUUUGCAUUUACAUGUAUUAGUAAUUAUUAUGGCCUGGCAUUAAUUUGUUAUAGUUAAUUGAUUACAUACUUAACAUGUUGGCAAGAUAAAUUCAUUGUUGAGGCAUCAUUUGGGGUAAUUGGAGUUUUAUAUACCCUCUGUGUGUAUAAUUAUCUAUAGACAUAGGGUACAUAAAAAUCCAUUUACCCCGAGUGAUGCUUCUACAACUUGUCAUGUUUUAGGUUGUGUUCCCUGUGAAGUAAUAUGUAAUGUCAGAGAACAAUUUGUUUUCAAAAUUGAUUUGCAACGACUGCUUAAUAUUUUAAAAUUGUGUAGUCCAUUGAAAAAUUAUUAGCAACUACUGUUUAAUAUGUUAAAAUUGUGUAGUCAAUUAAAAAAUGAUUAGCAACUACUGUUUAAUAUUUUUAAAUUGUGUAGCAGUCUCUGAAACUGGUAUAGAGAAUCACAAUGCGAUACUGAACAACAUAUUCCCUGAAUGUAUUGGGUUUUUUUUUUAAAUAUUGUUUGUAUUAUACUCUAGUGAAAUGCAUGAUGAUAUGCUUGUCACAUUGUAUUAGUGGAUAUACGUGUCAUUUAUGUAUUUAUCAUGGGAUGAUCAAAUUUCAUUAGAGAGGAUGUUUUUAUUUUUUAUAUAAUUUUGGAGGUCUUGAUGAUUAAUAUGUUCCUCUUGUUUUUGGAUAUGUUUCUUUCUUGUUUUGGUUAUAGAACGUGCAAUAAAAGAAAAACAAGUAUUAUGUU